AUGUCUAAAAGUGUGACGGAAAGGGAAAAUAUGGCAGAGGAUGGAAGUGUUUCACCCCCAUCUGCGGCAUCUGCGGCAUCAGUGGCAUCAGUAGCACCUGAGUCAUCAGUACCACCUGAAUCGUCAGUACCACCUGAGUCAUCGGUACCACCUGAAACGUCUUCGUCUUUACCUACUGGGGCUCCAGCUAAAGCCUCGACGUCUAGGACACCAACGUCAUGGGAUGCAGAAGAUGAUGUGCUUUUGAUGCACUUAAAGGAUAAACAGAAGCUAGGUUGGAAAGAAAUUGCAAGCAACUUCACAAAUAGGACACCCAAUGCGUGCCAGUUUAGAUGGAGGCGGUUGAAACUGGGCAAUUUGAAAAAUCCUCCUAAAUCUGCAGCAGCUUUGGGUGAUCAAUUCAAACAAAACCCAAACAUGGUAAGCUCAUCGACAAAGAAGAAAAAAUCUAAUCCUCCACAAUCAAUGAAGAUGGAAACAACGGAUUCCGAUUUUCCAUAUCCCUCAACCACUGGUGCAUUCCAGGGCUUUGAUAAUACUAUUUCCAAUGCACUUGCUGGUUUAAAUGCUCUUUCUAACUCGCCAUCGUACAUGUCAAGUCCUUCGUCAGCAACACCGCGAAUAUCUGUUUCUUCGCCACGCAUCAACUACGGGUCUAGUGGAAGAGCAGGGCUGAUUGGUAGUUUGCACCACAAGUAUGAAUCACCUUCUUUUGAUAGCGCGACUGAAGGUUCAGGCCGCUCAGCUAUUAUAGUUCCAGGAGCUUCGGAUUCUGGUGGUUAUUAUGCAGAUGUCUCUGUUGAUCCAACAAUGAACCUUCCACACAAUCGUUCGCACCCAGAAACACCAUCUUCACUCACACCGCGAAACUCAAUUUCAAAUUCGGCUAUUAGCGAUGAACGUCUGAAAGACCACAGGGAGCGGGGAUCAAUUGGAAACGGAUCGAUAUCAGCUGCAUCCGCCGCUGCCGCUGCUGCUGCAGCCAUUGGUGGUGGUGGUGGUGGUGGUGUUGGUGCUACUGCUGCAGGUGGUAUUGGAGCUAUGACUUCUCGCAAUAGUUCCAUUAUACAAAUUACAAAUGAAGACCGAGCGUCAAUCCUGUCGCUAACAAGAGCUUCGGUCUCAUCGCUUCCAUCGAAAUCGAUGAAUAUACCACAUCACCAAGUCGGAUCAUCGACUUUAGCCCAUUUACCUGUAUUAUUUGGUGGCGCAGGCAGUAUUAGUGGUCCCUCUAGAAACUCCAGUAUUAGUGGACAUCAUACAAAUAUCAGUAGUCUUCGAAAUGCAUCAUUGGUAAGUGCAAAUUCUGGAUUAUACUCGAGAUCAGGGUCGGUAGUGAUCCCACAUAGUAGUGACAAAACCGAUGAACCUUUGAAGAUUGAUAAGGAAAAAGUUGAUGCCAAUAAUAGGAAACUAAACAAGCUACGGCGUAAUUUGCCUGCUAAUUCGAAGUCGUCACUAUCGAAAAAGAAGAAGCAGGCACCUAAGCUUGACAUACCAUGGACGAUGGAAGAAGACGAGUUGUUGAUUAAUCGAAGGAACAGAGAGCUUUCAUUUGCUGAACUCUCUAUACUUUUACCACAGAGAACCGAGGGAGAGAUUUGGUCACGGAUCGAUUAUUUGGAGAAAUUGCGGAAUGGAAACGAUAGGUCUACAAACUUGAGAGAACAAAGAAAGUCGCGUCAAGCCUCUUUUGGAUUGGAGGAUGUUCAUGAUUUAUACGAUGAAGACGAUGAAGACGUUAUUGGAGGCAUCGGUGAUAGUGAUGACGAGGAAGCUUUAUUAGCAGACGAUGAUCUUGGACCAUCAUCUAGUCACAGAAGCAGGAAACGAAGAGCCAGUUCUGCGGUCAACCCAACAUCAGUCAGAGGAACCAUUAGAAGAUAA